UUUAUUUAGUCCAUACGAACUUACUUAUUUCUAUGUUUCAAACGACUGAAAUAGGUACAGCUGCUAGGAUUACCCUGGACUGGGCAAGGCAGCAACCCAGGGCUUCAGGCGGUAUCCGUAUGGCGAUGUCACCGCAGCAGUUUUGUCUGCGGUGGAACAACCACCAGUCAAACUUCGUGUCCGUUUUCGAACAACUUCUUCACACCGAACAGUUCGUCGACGUCACUAUAGCUGUGGAAGGCCGCACGCUCAAAGCCCACAAGAUGGUUUUGUCAGCAUGCAGCCCUUACUUUCAGGCUGUGCUGGCAUCGCAUCCAGACAAGCACCCCAUCGUGAUACUGAAGGACGUACGCUACACAGACAUGCGGGACCUAUUGGACUUCAUGUACAGAGGCGAAGCGAGCGUUGAUCAGGAGAAUCUGCAGACUUUUCUCCGUGUCGCCGAAUGCCUAAGAAUUAAAGGCCUUACUGAAGUAGGCGACAAGAGAUGCGACUCGAUACCCUCGCCGUACCUAAUACAACAGGGUUUGCAUACGAGCGUCGCCAGCAACAACAGUAAUAGUACAAACGUCAGCAACGGCGGAAUAGCCAUCGCACCCCCCAGCACAUUGCCCAUGGCCCCCCUAACGCCUUUACCUGGUGAUCCGCCCCCUCUGAAAAGACCCCCAUUGAGUCCAUCAGGCACUGGUGCUAAAAGAAGAAGAGGUCGGCCGCCUAAGAUAUCCGGCGAAGAUUCUGAAACCGAUAUCGGUGUUAGCCAUGACGAAGAGAGCAGGUCAGGAAGCGUUGGUGGACAAAGCGUUCCAGGCUGCGUGCCUGGCAGCGUCAGGGUUGAAACUGAAAUCAAAGUCGAGGCUGAUGACCCGAUGGACAACAAGGAUUCGGACGGCUCGCGUCCACCAUCUCAUCAGGGAUAUGCUCGCUUCGCAUAUCAAGAAAUUGCGCGGACCGCCCGCCUCUUCUGCUGCGGACCCGCGAACGAUCCACCGAGAACGGCCUUCCCGCGAGCCGGGGGAGAGGGCAGAGGGGUGAAAGUGAAUGAAGGGAUGGUGGAGGAAGGGAUGGUGGAGGAAGGGAUGGCGGAGGAAGGGAUGGUGGAAGAAGAAAUGGUGGAGGAAGUGAUAGUGGGUGAAGAUUUGAGCAAAUCAUCGACUGAAGACUCGGAAAGUAUAAGACAAUCUCCUGGUUCAGUGACAGCCCAUCAUCCUGAAACCUCCUGGCAUCCACCGCCGAUGCCCGAAUAUGACCAGGACGACUCAAGCAGUUUGUCGGGGAUAACGAGUCAUCCAUCUCCUCUGGCCCUAGUGGCCCCCAUACCAAAGCAUCCUUCACCUGUAACUGACAUAGAUCAGCUGUACUACACCAAAAACUUACUGGAAGCUGCCAUGCGCAAGAAUCCUUACGAUGCUCUUAAAGGGGACAACAACCUGCAUGGCAGCAUCCUGCUGGCAAGUCUGCGGUCACCUCUGAAGUUCGGACCCUUCCAAGGGGUAUACUCAGGGGAAAGGGAUGCCCUCGAAAGGGAUUACAUGGACACGUCCCCACAUUCACCCCAUGCUUCUCCACAGAAGCCAUCCCAGUCUACGUCUUUGCCUUCACCGGGAUCUUUGGCGUCCAGCGUUCAUGGGGGCGCGAAGUCCAGUUACGGCAGCAGCAGUGCUAAUGGAAGCGCCGGUAUUCCCAACUCCCACGCUAAUACCAACAGCAAGUCCGUCUCAGUUCCAAUCAUGAGUUACUGCAUACAGGACAAUGGAUUUAAAUGCUCAAAGUGCUUCCAAACUUUCACUCAUCCUUCGAACUUCCAUCGGCACUAUAUCACAGUCCACACGGACAGGAGAAAUCACAAAUGCACUGUUUGUGGCAAGGAGUUCAAACGAAAAGAUAACAUGAUGUCGCAUAUGAGAUCUGUACAUAGGCCUGGUCGAGAGGGCCACGCAAUUUAUAGAGACGUUUCUUCUGUAUCGCCUUCUUUAUCUUGUGAAAUUAAUGCAAUAAAAUUGGAGAAAGUUCAUCCUCCGAUGAUAGGGCAGUAAAUCGCUCGUUUCGUCUUGCUCGUACGCAGAUCCUGUACUGCUGGAAAUUUUUAUCCGGCUAAACACAAAUUUCAAUAUAUUUUACAUUAACAAAACAAUCCUAGCGUUUGUUUUUGAAAAGGAUGACCAUGGAUACAUUUCAACGAGGUAUCCAUUUACAAAGUUAUUAGGAAAUGAAGUAAGAGCCAUGACAAACUUUUGCUGUGAACGUUACUGCCGACGCUCACCAAUCUGAAUGAUAUUCAAUGUUCAGAAGAGCCGCUCUUCACAAAUUAGCUCGUUGCAUAUACGGAGUAUACUUUAUUCCUUAUUGAUCUCUAUGAAACGAUGUGUUAUCUAAUUCCUCAAUGAAAUUUGCGGAUGUAAUGAAUGUGUUGACUGAAAAAGAGCAGAAUGAUUACCAUCCUGCCACAACUUGGACAAGAUGUUAAGGUAGACCCGGGAUUUACCUACGAAAAUGAGAAUGGUCUGAAGAUUAUUGUAGUUCUUCAGCAAUACUUCGUUCAAUCGAUGUAAGAAUAAAGUGUGAUGAGUGUUGUGUUCACUAACCAAAAAUUGGCCUAGUAUCAAAUUUAGUUGCCGAUGCAUUAGUAUUUCAUCCCCUUUCUUUUCUCACGAAUGUAUUUUAAGUCUGCAUUAAUAGCACAGCAAACAUAAGCUUUCUUCGCCAAAUUUAAUAUCAAGCAAGUAACGCGGUUGAGCAAAAGGGUAGAAUCGUUUACUUCCCAUACAAUUUAUUAAGUAUUACCGAAUAAAUUCCGAAAAAUCCAUGGGAAUAAUCAACACCCCACAUUAAGUGUUCUUUCGUUUCUUAUAAUACGAGAAAACUUUUCGAAUUUUGAGCUGUUAAUUUUUGCGAGUUAAGCUGCAAAUUAUCCUUUCCCCGAAAAUUUUUCCUCAUGACACAAAGAAUGAACGAGUCAACCGUAAAGUGUUCUUCGAAUAAUGAUCAACAAAUUACCGCCUCUCGAGUCGCCGUUUUUCGCGUGAGUGUGAUGUUUGACCAAUGGUUUUGUUACUAAAAUAGAUACGUUAUAUAUAAGAUUUUGGCCCCACUCAAAGAAUAGGCUGUAGGUAGUUGGUUCACAAUGGUAGUUUUAGACGAGAGAUCUUUUUGUUUCGUUAGUUUUUUUUAUUUUAUUUUACAGACAGAUUUAUUCCUUAUUUACAAUAUGCAACAGCCGUAGUCAUCUAGUUUUUCUUCGACAACUUCGUGGGUAUUUAGAUCUUGCCUUUCAGUUCUCGUAGUUGGCUUGUAAAUAGUUUAGUCACCGUUUGUGUAUAAUUGUUCGUUUCUUCUACAUUUUCUCAAGAAAAGUAUAUUUUAUGUUGACGUGUAUAGAGAGUUUAAUAUAUUGUUCUAAAUCUCUUUAUUUAUUGCAUAUUUUCAUAACUUUGCGUUUAUCAUAUUUCUGUUCGCUCAUGUCAGUAUUUAUGAUGUGAAGAAGCACUGGUAUCUUCUUUAUACAAAACAAUCAAAACAUGAUAUUCUAUAUAAAAAAAUUUUUACUGGAGAUUGCCUCGAUUUAUUCGUUAAUGAUCAAUUAAUUAAUCAAUGAUUAUGUUUCUAACGGCUGCUAACGAUAUUAAUUGAUUUACUACCAGAACAAAAAUUUGUUCUUCCCUCGGAUGACAUUUCAAAUUGCACGGAAAAUUGCGAGAAGAAAAUUCGGUCUUUUGAUUUGUAUUUAACUUUAUUCUAUAUUAUCGCAGGUGCAUGCAUUCGUUAUAGUAAUAAAUUUGAUUUCCCUAAGUUUCUUGCCCCUUAACAAUAUGAAAAUACGCACUGCCUAAAUAUUGCUCCUGAAAUAUUUAAUAUGCAUGUAAUAGUAACUAAAUUAAUAUUCCUCAAUCCUCAAACGAGAGUUGAAUUCGUGAAUGAACAACGGAAAUGAUGUACGAUGCUCACUUUUUAUGAAACGCACUCAAUGUUUUAUUGCUUUAUUAUUUAUUGAAACAGCCUGUUUUAAGUCAUUGAAAGUUUAUUGGAUUUGUUGGAAUAUCAACAUUUUACUUACAUUAUUAAUAUUUAUUUGCAGUGUGCCACGUUAUUUAAACAAUAUUUUUUGUUUCAUUUGUUUGCGUAUUAUCAGCGCAUGUUUGGGAUGAACGUGUUCAAUACUCAAUUCUGAAACUGUCUUGUCAUCAUAACAAUACUCGACUCGAUCUGCAUGCGAGCUCGGAAAGUGAUCAAUUCUAGACUAGAGUCGCAAAUUCUUUUGUAACCUCUCUCCGUAGAAAUAAAGGCCUAAAAUUCAAUAAAGGCCUAAAAUUUAAAACAACUGAGUGAAAUUUUAUGUGGCCUUGGAAAAUAAUUGAGAAAUUGGAAACAAUGGAUUCGUAUUGCUUUAAUUAGAAUUCAUAUACAUCAAAAAUUGGGAUUGCCUUGAAAAUUUCGGCUUCAAACUCUUCAGGUUCGAAAACAUAUUCAAAAAGUUUUUGUUUUCAUGCGAAUUUCAUCGCCUCUUUCUACUGGUAUUUUAUAGACUCUGACCAAAUAUUACCUUAGUGGCGGGUAGCGGGAGAGAACGAGAACAGCGAUUCUGGGCACCUCGGCCCAGGAGCUAACGAAAAUGGAUAGAUGUUCUGUAGGCACCUUUUUACUUUUGUAGUGUGACUUUUUGAGGUAAUAAAACGGAUUGUGA